UACUUCACUUGGAAGUUGGAACGUAUUCCCGUCAGGAAACGUGGCGUUAGGUGAAAGCAUUCACUCUUUGCGCGCUCUCUCAUCACUGUCUCCAUCUCUCAAGGAUACGUUUCCAAACAAUAAACAUGGUUAUUGGUUGAAGUAUCGCUGAGAACGUGUUAAUGGUUUUUCCCUCUUGUUUUUCUCGCCUCCCAAUCAGAAAUGUCCAAUCCAUCUGCAUCUCCGUGUCCAAGGUACUGCAUAGGCUAUGCUCUGUCUCCCAAGAAGGAAAAAACCUUCAUUACGAGCUCACUCAUCACCCACAGCAAACAGCAAGGCGUUGAUCUCACCCGAAUCGAUCCCACCAAGCCUUUGACCCAACAGGGACCCUUCGAUUGCAUCGUCCACAAACUCUACAACCCCGACUGGGCCCACCAGCUCCACCAACUGUCGCUGCACCACCCAAACGUCGUUGUAAUCGACCCCCCUGGGGCCAUCGAGCGGCUCCACAACCGGGUCUCCAUGCUCGAGGUGGUGACCCAGUUGAGGAGCGAGACGUUCUGGGUUCCAAACCAGAGAGUGGUGUACGACCCGGAGACUCUGAAGGGUGCGGACGCGAUUCGGGAGCUGGGCCUGAGGCUCCCAGUGAUAGCGAAGCAGGUCUCGGCCGACGGCGGCGCGGGAUCGCACGAGAUGUGUUUGGUGUUGAGCCACAGCGGGCUGAGCAAGCUGGAAACGCCGAUUGUGGUGCAAGAGUUCGUGAACCACGGCGGGGUGGUCUUCAAGGUUUACGUGGUGGGAGACCACGUCAAGUGCGUGAAGCGCAGGUCGUUGCCGGAUGUACCCGAAGAGAAGCUGAAUGAUAAUACGACGGAGGGGUUACUGUCGUUCUCGCAGAUUUCGAAUUCCGCAAGAAACGAGGAAGAGGAAGAGGAUUGGUGUUCUGGGUCUGCUGCGGAGAAGGCAGAAACGCCGCCGUUUGAGUUGGUGGUGGAGUUGGCGAAGGGGUUGAGGGAGGCCAUGGGGCUUCGGCUUUUCAACUUUGAUUUGAUUAGAGAUGGUAGAGACGGGAAUGGUAGGUACCUUGUGAUUGACAUCAAUUACUUUCCUGGGUACGCCAAAAUGCCCUCCUAUGAGUCGGUUUUGGUGGAUUUUUUCCGACAUGUUGUGGACGAGAGGAGUAACAAGACUAGUGGGCUGGAGGAAGAACAUCAAGAGGUGAGAGGUGGUGGGUCACUUUGAAGAGAAGAGUUUGUGGGCAAUACCUGCCUGCUGUCCGAUGGGUUUGCUCGGAUAGUGGUAUUUUGUACCAUUUCCGUAAGAAUUCAAGGAAUGUGUUUUGCCAAAUAGGUUUGGAUACUUUGCACCCUCGAUCACUGCUAUAGCUUGCAAAACUUUUAGGGCCUUGAAUGUUUCCAUUUGUUUUUUCUUGCAUUGGAAUGGAUUAGUCAUGUAGGUGCAUCGGUUCAGUAAUCUAGAAUUGAUAAGUUUUUAGUUCCCUUGAUAGUUGAUACCUGCUUAGUCUUCCUUUUUCUACUUAUUCAACUGAAUUGCUUCAUUAAUUUAUUCUGUAUAUUUGCUUCAGUUGUUCUGGUUUGCUUCAAUAAAUAGGUGAUGAAAAAUCUAUUGCCAUGUUA